GGCGGGAGGCCGGUGACCCGCGGAGGGGUUCCUCGGCCAUGACUGCUGAGCUGCAGCAGGACGAAGCGGCCGGAGCAGCGGACGGCCACGGCUCGAGCUGCCAAAUGCUGCUAAAUCAACUGAGAGAAAUCACAGGCAUUCAGGACCCUUCCUUUCUUCAUGAAGCACUAAAGGCCAGUAAUGGUGACAUCACGCAGGCAGUCAGCCUUCUCACUGAUGAAAGAGUGAAGGAGCCCAGUCAAGACACUGUUGCCACAGAGCCAUCUGAGGUGGAGGGGAGUGCUGCCAACAAAGAAGUGCUAGCAAAAGUGAUAGACCUUACUCAUGAUAACAAAGAUGAUCUUCAGGCUGCCAUUGCUUUGAGCCUAUUGGAGUCUCCCAAAAUUCAGUCUGAUGGAAGAGAUCUUAACAGGAUGCAUGAGGCAACCUCUGCGGAAACGAAACGCUCAAAGAGAAAACGCUGUGAAGUCUGGGGAGAAAACCCCAACCCCAAUGACUGGAGGAGAGUUGAUGGGUGGCCAGUUGGUCUGAAAAAUGUGGGCAAUACGUGUUGGUUUAGUGCUGUUAUUCAGUCUCUCUUUCAGUUGCCUGAAUUUCGAAGACUUGUUCUCAGCUAUAAUCUGCCCCAGAACAUACUAGAAAAUUGUCGAAGUCACACGGAAAAGAGAAAUAUCGUAUUUAUGCAAGAGCUGCAGUAUUUGUUUGCUCUGAUGAUGGGAUCAAAUCGAAAAUUUGUAGACCCUUCAGCAGCCCUGGAUCUGUUAAAGGGAGCAUUCCGAUCAUCUGAGGAGCAGCAGCAAGAUGUGAGUGAAUUCACACACAAGCUCCUGGAUUGGCUAGAGGACGCAUUCCAGCUAGCUGUUAAUGUUAACAGCAGUCCCAGGAAUAAAUCUGAAAACCCAAUGGUGCAGCUAUUCUAUGGUACUUUCCUGACGGAAGGCGUUCGUGAAGGAAAGCCUUUCUGUAACAAUGAGACCUUUGGCCAGUAUCCCCUUCAGGUAAAUGGUUAUCACAACUUAGACGAGUGUUUGGAAGGGGCCAUGGUGGAAGGAGACGUUGAGCUGCUUCCUUCCGAUCAUUCGGUGAAGUAUGGACAAGAGCGCUGGUUUACAAAGUUACCUCCAGUAUUGACCUUUGAACUCUCAAGAUUUGAGUUCAAUCAGUCUCUUGGGCAACCCGAAAAAAUUCACAAUAAGCUGGAAUUCCCUCAGAUUAUUUAUAUGGACAGGUACAUGUACAGGAGCAAGGAGCUAAUUCGCAGUAAGAGGGAAUGUAUUCGAAAGUUGAAGGAAGAAAUAAAAGUUCUUCAGCAAAAACUGGAAAGGUAUGUGAAGUACGGCUCAGGCCCCGCCCGGUUCCCGCUGCCAGACAUGUUGAAAUACGUUAUCGAAUUUGCCAGUACGAAACCGGCCUCAGAAAGCUGUGCAUCUCAGAGUGACACAUGUGUGGCUUUGCCACUUUCUCCAGCGCACUGUGCAGUUUCUGACCUGACCGCCAAGGAAAGUGCAAGUUCAGAGAGCUCUUCUCAGGAGGCUGACAGUCCGUUUUCUCCUGAGGAUGGUCCACACAAGUCUAAGAUAAUGAGUAAGCCACAUACACCUCGGUCUUCCACGGAAAUGCCCGAGCACCCUGCUCCUCGCACGGUCACGGACGAGGAGAUCAACUUUGUUAAGACCUGUCUUCAGAGGUGGAGGAGUGAGAUUGAACAAGAUAUACAAGAUUUAAAGAAUUGUAUUGCAAGUACCACACAGACUAUUGAGCAGAUGUACUGCGAUCCUCUCCUUCGCCAGGUGCCUUAUCGUUUGCAUGCAGUUCUUGUUCACGAAGGUCAAGCAAAUGCUGGACACUACUGGGCCUAUAUCUAUAAUCAGCCCCGACAGAUCUGGCUCAAGUACAAUGACAUCUCUGUUACUGAAUCUUCCUGGGAAGAACUUGAAAGAGAUUCCUAUGGGGGCCUGAGAAAUGUUAGUGCUUACUGUCUGAUGUAUAUUAAUGACAAGCUACCUCACUUCAAUGCAGAGGCAGCCCCGAAUGAGUCUGAUCAGAUGUUAGGAGAGGUGGAAGCACUGUCUGUGGAACUGAAGCAUUACAUUCAGGAAGAUAACUGGCGAUUUGAGCAGGAAGUAGAGGAGUGGGAAGAAGAGCAGUCUUGCAAAAUCCCUCAGAUGGAAUCAUCCGCCAGCUCCACAUCACAGGAUUUCUCUGCGUCACCAGAGCCUUCGGUAGCCUCUUCUCAUGGGGUUCGCUGCCUGUCUUCUGAGCAUGCUGUCAUUGUAAAGGAACAGACUGCCCAGGCGAUCGCAAACACAGCACAUGCCUAUGAGAAGAGUGGUGUCGAGGCAGCGCUGAGUGAGCUUGAGGAAGCUGAACCUAAGAAGCCCAUGCCCCAGGAAACAAACCUUGCAGAGCAGUCAGAACAGCCCCCAAAAGCUCCUGAUGCAGAGUCUGCUGCCCAACCUAAUUCUGAGGUCUCUGAAGUGGAGAUUCCCAGUGUGGGAAGGAUUCUGGUUAGAUCUGAUGCAGAUGGAUAUGAUGAGGAGGUGAUGCUGAGCCCUGCCAUGCAAGGGGUCAUCCUGGCCAUAGCCAAAGCCCGCCAGACCUUUGACCGAGAUGGGUCUGAAGCAGGGCUUAUCAAGGCAUUCCAUGAAGAAUACUCCAGGCUCUAUCAGCUCGCCAAGGAGACUCCCACCUCUCACAGCGACCCUCGGCUUCAGCAUGUUCUGGUUUACUUUUUCCAAAACGAAGCUCCCAAAAGGGUCGUCGAGCGGACUCUUCUGGAACAGUUUGCCGAUAAAAAUCUUAGCUAUGAUGAAAGAUCAAUCAGCAUCAUGAAGGUGGCACAAGCCAAACUGAAGGAGAUUGGUCCAGAUGACAUGAAUAUGGAAGAGUACAAGAAGUGGCAUGAAGACUACAGUUUGUUCCGAAAGGUGUCUGUGUAUCUCCUGACAGGCCUGGAACUCUAUCAAAAAGGAAAGUACCAAGAGGCACUGUCCUACCUGGUGUACGCCUACCAGAGCAACGCUGCCCUGCUGACCAAGGGGCCUCGCCGCGGUGUGAAGGAGUCUGUGAUCGCCCUGUACCGAAGGAAGUGCCUGCUGGAGCUGAAUGCUAAAGCAGCUUCUCUCUUUGAAACAAAUGAUGAUCACUCGGUAACGGAGGGCAUUAAUGUGAUGAAUGAGCUGAUCAUUCCCUGCAUUCACCUGAUCAUUAACAACGACAUCUCCAAGGAUGACCUGGAUGCCAUUGAGGUCAUGAGAAACCACUGGUGCUCUUACCUUGGGCAAGAUAUUGCAGAAAAUCUGCAGCUGUGCUUAGGGGAGUUUCUACCCAGACUUCUAGAUCCUUCUGCAGAAAUCAUUGUCUUGAAGGAGCCUCCAACUAUUCGACCCAAUUCCCCCUAUGACCUUUGCAGCCGAUUUGCAGCUGUCAUGGAGUCAAUUCAAGGUGUUUCAACUGUGACAGUGAAUUAAGCCCCCACAUGUUCCUUGGUCUCUGGUUGCCUGCCUGUUGCACAGAGGUGUGUUGGUGUUCACCUGGGGAAGGCGAUUAGCUGGACAAGUGAGAUUCAGAUCCAGGCCCCAACCAUGCUGCGUGUUUAUAAGGAAAGAUUAAAACUAAAAUUGCACUUUCGGGUACAGAAUCAUAAUAGCUGUUUCCUUAGAAAAGGCAGGAGCCAGUGUAUAGCAGUAUUGAAUUAUGCUAGAAGACCUAAAAUGCCUUUGAACCCACAGUGAGGCUUGGGCUUUUAUCAGUCUCUCCUCCAGGCAUAAAUGUUUUUGACAGCAGAAUAGAAGAGUGACUCAUCAGAACCUUCACCAGAUGAACAGCCAAUAGUUAUUUUAUCAAACAGGUGACAUUUGGAAAUUGUUAGCUACGAGAGAUGGAAGCGUGACCUUGCUGGCUCCUGACAGCAGAUGUCAGAGUGGGUGCCAAGGAGCUAGUGCCCUUUUACAGGUGGGUGGAGCCCAAGGUUGCAUGGCAGGAAGGUACUGAAAAGUCAGGAGCUAGCUGCCUCUCCUUUCUCUCUCUUCUGUUUUUUAUAUUUUUUAAAUAAAUAAACCAGAAAACCUCACAGUCAGUCCUCAGUGAAUGAAAGGAAAACAUUAAGGAUUUUAGACACAAUAGCAUCAUGAAACUUGACUAAAGAUAGUGUUUUUAUAGUUGUUAACCAUUUAGGCAAAAUUUUCUAGUUUCUGAAGAUUAUCAAAGACAGGUGUCUAAAGCUACUGCUGGCCCAAAAGAACAUUUUGGUCCCCCUCCCCCUUUUUCUAAAAAAUUAAAAAAAAAAAAAAAAAAAGAUGUGGAUUUGUAAAAAGAAAAAAAUGUCUAUAUAUAUAUAUAUGUAUGUAUAUGUAGAGAGAAAAAUAUCCCCCUUUGACCAUUUUUAAAAGGCUUCUAAUUGGGAAUUGUGUUUGAACCAAAUUUUAAAGAUUAAUGGAGAAAUCGUGGGAGGGAAGAACAAUACAACUAUGCAGAUUUUAUAAAUGUGCAAUAAAGAUAUUUGUUUUA